AUGGCUGUCUCAACGCUAAUUUCAGCUCAGUGGCUUCGCCAGUUGAUGCUUCAAAGCCCAAAGUAUCUGCGAAUCGUGGAUGCGUCGUGGCACCUCCCGAAAGAAAAUCGAGAUCCCAGAAAGGAAUUUUUGACUCAUCGAAUUCCAGGGGCCAAGUUCUUCGACUUAGAUGAAUGUAUAGACAAAACUUCACACUACGAGCACAUGUUACCAAAUGCUGAAGAUUUCUCGAACUAUGUUCAAAGUCUUGGAAUUGAUAAUGAUAGCUACGUUAUUGUGUAUGAUAAUAAUGAGAAAAGUGGCCUAUUCUCAUCUCCUCGAUUGUGGUGGAUGAUGCGUGCAUUUGGGCACGAACGGGUAUCGAUUUUGGACGGCGGUUUUCCGAAGUGGCAUGCUGAGGGUUACCCAAUCGAAACAGGCCCAGACAGCAAAACCAAAGUUGAAGGUAUAUUUUCGGCAUGCAUAUUAACUAGGACUGUAGGAGAGUGAUGGGGUCAGGGGAGGGGGAGGGGGGCAUGAGGAAAGUUAAAUUCUUAUGCAAUGUGUACUGCUAUAGGUGGUUUUCACGUUACGUCAUCGCCGCCAUGCUGGUGGACGGUAAACAAAAGAUCGCUCAUUAGCUUGCUUUGUUUGUCCACCAGCAUUUGUUCAUUUCACCAUUGUUAUUUGUGUCUCCCGAGAUUGCAUGAAAACCACCUAUAGCUUCAAUAACACUGUUACGUGUCUAAGAAGAAUGGAAAUAGCCCACUGAAUUGGCAAUCGCACACACGCAAGAAUGUUAGUGGUUCUUAUUGUUCUGGACAAUAAAUCAGUUCUCAUGCAGUGUUCCAGAAAAGUAAGCACAUUUUAGGUUGUUUGGUACCAAUUAAUUGCCAAUCUGUGUUGUCAUAUUGUGAUCAAAGCAUUGACUUUUAAUAUAUCGAACCAAUAGUCCGUGGGCUCCUGAUCUAACACAAGACAGUGUUUCAUCCCAUAUCCAGUCACUGAGAAGUGAGUUUAAAAAAAGGGUGUCUGGUGUGAAUUUUAUAACCAGAUUUCCAACUCUCUUGAUCCAAAGAUCCAGAAAUACCAACCUCUGGAGAUCCUAAGUCUGGAGACUGUCUGUCAGUCUGUCUGUCUGUCUUUCUGCCACCUUGUUCCCAGGUUCUCUCUCUAGGGAUGGGUAGCAGAGAACCCUGGGAACGAGGCUGUGUCUGUCUGUUUUAGUACCCCCAUAGCAACAACCCCCACCCCCUUAUAAUCACUUAUCAUCCCAGCUCCUAAGUUUUGAAAUGGUUCUGGCUCAGGACAUAAUGUGGGGGAAAAAAGUUAAAUUCUAAACUAAAGCACACAAAAGAGUUGGCAUAUAUGCUAAUGAAUAACUAACCAGCUCCAUAAUUCUUCUAAUUUGUUUAUUGUAAUCUGUGUGAAAAUGCUGACAGCUCUUUUAUUUUCUUGCUCUUAUUUGUUUGAUGUUUUUAAAUAGAUGGUGGGCCAUUCAAAGGUACUCUAAACACAGGCAUGUUUUGUGAUUUUGACUUUGUGAAAGCCAAUAUAUCACAAGCAACAUGCUAUGUUGCUGAUGCUCGGUCUUCUGGCAGAUUCCAUGGUACUGAACCAGAGCCACGCCCAAAUUUUCCAUCUGGUCACAUUCCAGGAUCAAGGAGUGUUCCAUAUUCCCAGUGUCUGGAUCCUGAUACAAAACUCAUGAAAACACCUGAGGAGUUGAAGAAAGUGUUUGAAGAUGCAGGAAUUGAUCUCAAAAAGCCUCUCAUUACUUCCUGUGGAUCUGGGAUCACUUCAUGUGUGGUGGCUUUGGCAUCAUAUCUUUGUGGAAAGAGAGACACCAUGGUCUUUGAUGGCUCAUGGGUGGAGUGGUGUCAGCGUGCUACUGAUAUGAUUGAAAAGAGCUGAAUACUUACGGCCAUUCAUUGUUUUGUAAUAUAACAAUAAGGGGGGAGGUGGAGGCAGAUCUCAUUGGUAAUUAAAAGUCAACAAUCUUUAGUCUUU